GAAAGUACCAGUGACAAUGUUCUCAAUAUGCUUGUUCCUGUUUUGUGUCGUUAAGGGUGAAAGUGAAAGUGAAGAUUUAUCAACAAAUGUCAAGAAGGAACUCCACAUCGGUGUGCUCUACCACUCCCGCAAUAUGACGAGCUACCUGACCCCCUUCAACCUGGCACUGCAAGAUGCUAACUCCGACCCAGACAUCCUCCCUAAUGUUCAGCUGAGAGCGGUGGAGACCCUCAUUGAGAAUUAUUAUGCUUCACCCUUCAUCGCUCAACUGCAAGUUUGCAAGAUGCUGAAGGAUCACCCGAUGGUGGCUGUGGUCGGCCCGUACCACUACGAACAGACUAAAGCUGUUUCUCUCAUAACCUCCAGUCUGGGAAUACCUAACAUCACUCCCACUGCCAGUGGAACGUUUCUGGAAGACGCGUUUUGGUUACAAAACAUGUUCCAUCUCAACCCCCUGGAUACGGAACAAGUGUCCGCUAUAUUUGACAUCCUAAUGAUGCUGGAGCUAAAGGACAGUCAAGUUGCUGUUAUCAACACUGACGAUAUCUAUGGUGCUAGUCUGAGUGCUAAGUUUGAGGUUGAUGCGCAUCGUCAGCGAAUGGUCGUCAAGGAUCAUAUUGUUUUGCCCGCCUCCUCUUUUGCACGAAAUAUCAACAUAAAUAAAGAACUGGAGGCUAUCAAAGAAAAGCGGAUCAGAAUAUUUGUAUUAUUCGUGAAGAGCUCCUUCAUCAACACAGUUCUAGAUCAGGCUAACAAAGUUGGACUGGUUGGACCAGAGUUCCUCUGGAUUAGCGGGAAUAGUGCUGUUAAUGACUUGGAUGACAAAAGAAACAACUUGCCAGUUUACUACGACGGAUUACUGCUACUAGGGAGGGUCUCCAAUGAAGACUCUCCUCAACACGACCGACUUGUAGAAGCGAUGGAGGAGGCAAGGAGUACCAGAAUUAACAGAAUAGACUCUCUCAGUGCUCAGGUAUACGAUAGCACCAUGGCGCUCAUAAAAGCGUUGGACUACCUUAACAAACAAGGAAAGUUGACUUUUGAUGAUCCAACCGUGAGAUGCGAGCUAAAAAGCCUUGACAUCAAUAAAACUGAUACUGAAAGUGAAAGUGAAAGUGAAAAUAAAAACGGGAGUUUAAAACGGGUAAAAAGAGCGGAUGACCACGGGUACACUAUUCCGGCUGUGAAUUGGUUUAAGGAGGGGUACCUCAUAACUAGAGCCAUGAAAGAGAUCUCAUUUCGGGGAGUGAGUGGUGGAAACAUUUCCUUUUCAAAAUGGGGCGGUCCUGCUAAGAACACUUACACGAUAGUCAAUGUUAGAACAGGUGUGCCAGUCGACAUUGGUAAAUUCGAGGAAUCUAAAGGAAUAGGGUUGCAAUCCAAACCCCAGUUCUACGGGGGUGACACCAAGCUGAAGAACACGAUUAGCACGCACCUCCGCCUGGGUGUGGUAAAGGAUCCCCCCUUUGUAAAGUUUACUUAUGAGGAGGCAGGUCAUGAUAAGUGUCUGUACAAGGACCAGCUGAGGUGCUACGAGGGGCUCAACAUUGAUAUUGUAGAGAAGCUCGCUAAACAGUAUGAUUUUACUUUCACUUUUGUUGAGGACCCGUCAGGAAACUUUGGAGCUCCGGUCUCUGAGAACGAAGAAGAGUGGGAUGGUCUCAUUGGUAUGUUAAAAAGACGGGAAAUAGACAUGGGAAUAGUAGCUUUUGGUAUCAACAGCGCCCGGGAGAGAGUUGUAGAUUUCGCUGUGCCCCUACUGACUGGAGGAAUAGUGAUGGCAAUGCAGGAAGGAGGAGCAGUGGGAGCAGACGGAUUCGACCCUCUCACAAUGUUCAAAACAGACAGUUUCUUCUUCCUGCGCCCCUUCAGCAGGGAGCUGUGGAUAGCUAUUGUGUUAGCAGGUUGUGUUUUCUGCGUCCUGAUAUGGGUAUUCGACCACUUCUCCCCCUACGGUUACUACGGCGGCACCAAACAGAAGCUGCUCUGUUGUAAGUGUGAGCAGUGCACUGCUAGUUUAAACGGAGACUUCAGUGUGAAGGGCUGCCCGUUUGGGGAGCAGCAGGGUAUACAUGAUGAAAUGAAGAGUCUCAAUCUGCUGAACAGUAUCUGGUUGAUAAUCUGCUCAUUUCUGCAGAUAGGACCUCCUGAUGCCACUCCCCGGUGCUGGUCCACAAGAGUCCUGGUUACCGCCUGGUGGAUUAUAUGUCUGGUCCUCAUAUCCCUCUAUACAGCAAACCUGGCAGCCUACCUCACUGUAACCAGGAUCCACAAGAAUAUUGAGACUGUGGGAGAUCUAUUACAAUCAGGAAUGACUACUGGAACUGUGGAGGGUUCGAUAACGGACAUGCUGCUGAGCAAUACCUCCGAUCAGGAAAUGGCUAGCCUCGUCAGGAGGAUGAAGAAUGUCCCCUCAUACCAGGAAGGUGUAAACAGUGCCAGACAAGGUGACUACGCAUUCCUCUACGGUUCAGCUCCUCUAGAGUACACCAGCAACUUUGAACCUUGCGGACUCAAAAUAUCCACUCACAGGCUGUUAGAGUACGAGCUCUCAUUCGCUCUGCCUGAUGACAGUCCCCUGAUAGAGCUGAUAAAUGAGGGUCUGAUCCAGAUGAAGGAGAAGAACGAGAUACUGCCAGCGUGGAGGAACUGGGCGGCUGGACCCUGCACUGGAACUCUGGCGGCUAAACCAGGCUCAAGUGAGAUCAACGUCUUCUCCGUAGUGGGAACUAUGGCUAUCAUCCUGCCUGUUGUUGCACUGUCUGUUAUAGUCUUUAUUCUGGAACUAUUGAAGGGAAAGAGGAGCCCGAAUAGGAACCCGGAACUUAAGAAAGUUCUAAACGAUCUGAUAGCAGUUAAUGACGAAAAGAAAGCACAGAAUUACACUGUCAGCACUCGUUUUGUAAAGUUGGUAACCGAGAAACCUGCGCACGAGGUUAAGAAGUUGCUUGCCAAGGCUUGAGUUCCAUUUUCAUGAAAAUCAGGAAACAAAACAAGCGCAUCCGCUUAAGAAAGCUUCUAAGAGACAGCAGCAAUGCUGUUGCUGUGGUUACGUAACUGUUGCUAUGGUUACUAUUCCACUCAAAAGAGGGCGAUGGCCUGAUUCCAGUGGAUGAUGAUCAACCAAAACCUUCAAAUUCAACUGAUUUACUAUGAACCAGUUUACUUUGACCACUACCAAUUCAAAUCAAGUACUUUGAAUAACUUGACUCGUCAAAAACAGGCGCAACGAAAUAAUUAUAAUAUAAAACCGCUUGUUUAUAGAUGGACAUGUGCUCACAAAUGUUUUAGAUUUUAUCAAUUCCAGAAAUUUAGGCGAAUAAAAACACGGUUUCAGUUUGAAUUUUGUCUUAAUGAUAUUUUUCAUUAUUAACAUUGAACAAAACAUGUAAUAUUAACUUUACCCAAUAAAUAAACCUU